AUGGCUCACAGGUUGGCUGCUGCCAGAGCCGGCGCCGACCUCGAGGCAUUGUCCCCUAGGGAUGCCAACGCCCAGAGGGUGCCGAAGGUUCCCGAGGUCAAGACGAAGACGGCCGCACAGUUGAGGGCCGCAAAGGACAAGGAGCACCCUCCACCUCCUCCUCCCGAGGUCACGGAGCCGCCCGCCAACGAUCGCCCGAACGGUGCCGUCUACCAUGUCGGUAAGUUGCUGGGCAAGGGUGGAUUCGCAAUCUGCUACAGCGGGCAGCUUGCCUCGACCAAGCAGAAAUAUGCCCUGAAAAUCGUCAAGAGCCGCAUGCCGCCCAAGAUGGAGCAAAAGUUUCAAACCGAGCUGCAAAUACACUCCAAGAUGAGGCACAAGAACGUCGUCCAGUUCCUGCGAGCCUUUCCCUUCGACAGCUGCACGUACCUCGUUCUCGAGCUCUGCAACAAUGGCUCCCUCAUGGACAUGGUGAAGCGACGAAAGGGCCUCACGGAGCCCGAAGUGCGUUUCUACUCGGUUCAGAUCGCCGGCGCCAUCAAAUACAUGCAUGGCAAGGGCGUCAUCCACCGAGACCUCAAGAUGGGCAACAUUUUCCUCGACGCUCAGAUGAAUGCGAAGAUUGGUGACUUUGGCCUGGCCGCCUUGCUGGUGACUGGCCGAGACAUGCAGACCAUCCGCCGCACCACCCUAUGCGGAACGCCCAACUAUAUUGCCCCCGAGAUCCUGGAGAAGGGCAAGAAGGGGCACGACCACAUGGUGGAUAUCUGGAGUCUGGGCAUCAUCAUGUUCGCCAUGUUGACGUCGAAGCCGCCUUUCCAGUCUUCGACGACGGAUGAGAUUUACCGCCGUGCCAGGGAGCGUGACUACGAGUGGCCGACGGCCGAGUCGUCCCAGAAGUUCAUCAGCCAGGAUGCAAAGGACCUGGUCGCCGACAUGCUUCAGGACGCCGACAUGCGACCCGACCCGGACGUCAUCGUUCAGCAUCCCUUCUUCACCUCAGGCUACAUGCCAACCGAAAACGACAUGAGCCCGCGGCUGCGCGAGGUGCCGCCCGAACGUGAGGAAUUCUACGCUACGCGGAUGAGCAGCUCCAUGCAGGCACAGUCGUACCGAAACCUGAAGGAUAUGUGCCGCGAGUGCUGCGUGGGACCCUGGACUCCGGUCCAGGUCAUCCACACGCAGAUCUGGAAGGAGAUGGCGGCUGAGGAGAAGGCUGGGAUGACUCCCAUGAUCCCCCUGGCCGAGAACUUGGUCUAUCGGCCCUUUGACGACUGGCUCAGAGAGCAGCAGCAGCGUCGCGCCAAGAGUUCGUCGUCCAUGAUGUCGUACGCAUCGCAACCCGCUUCGUCGUCGGACGACCAGCUGGCCAGCACGUCAAGGCCCCCCACUGGACUUCUCCGACAGCCGCCGCAGAGCUUUGCUGCCCAGCAGCGGGCGCAGAGCAGGCCUGCUGCGUCCACAGCCGCCAAGUCUAACCCUCCUGUUGACCCGAUGCUUAGUGCCUCUCAGAGCACACGAACACGACCCCGACAUGACGCGAUGCGCGAUAUGGCUUCCAAGGAGGCACCAGAUGCUACAGGCACUAUGAAAAGCAUGCGUGGCUCCAUGCGCACUCAGCUUCCUGCCACGAGAUCUGCUCCGAGUCUGCAGGUCGCUGAGCGAGCGGCGACCCUUUCCUCGGAGCGGCCAUCCCUGCACACGCGACAAAAGUCGGACUCGGUCCGGACUGCAUCUCUCUUUGGUCCGACGGAAAGGCCACAAGAGGUCUCUGGCACGCAACCGGAUGUCAUCCUGGAUCGGUUGAGGCGACUUCAAACAGAGCUUGAGAGAGCUCUCAAUGCGCGAACCAUGGCAAUCGUCUCGUCCAAGACGGUCACGCCGCCUCACCCGCACGUCGUGGUCAAAUGGGUCGACUACACCAACAAGUUUGGCCUCGGCUACAUUCUCAAUGAUGGAAGCGUUGGAUGUAUCCUCCGCGACAUUCCCACGACAGAAGGGAGCAAGACGGCGAUACUGCCGCCGGCUGGAGUCUUCAUCCGCGGAGCAGAGAAGCAUAUCCUUCGCCGACAGGACGAAACAUACCUCGACAGGAGUCAGCCCAUCCCAAUGAACCAGUCGAUCAAGUUCUUUGAGAACAAUGGGGAGACUGGCCUGGCCGAAGUUUCGGUAUCUCCGGAACAUUUCAGAGUCGCGAUUAACGAAGACGGCACCGCAGGAAAGAUGAAUCCCGGAAAGGACAUCUUCCAGCACCGAAAGCGCGAGAGGAUCAUUCUCUGGAAGAAAUUUGCCAACUACAUGAUCGCCUAUGGCAGAGACGAGGCUAUCCCUACGGAAGACGGCGAUGCUGGCGGCGUCAUGUCUCCUGGCCAAAAGGGCACGCCGGCAGAGCUGGUGACGUUCUACCAGCGGUUUGGUGACGUCGGCUGCUGGGUCUUUUGCGAUGGCCAUCUGCAGUUCAACUUCCCUGACCACACCAAGAUUGUGCUCGACGCGACCGGCACCUGGUGUCACUUCUGGCACCUCCCGCAAGAGGCAGCCGAGCAGCUUGCUAGUUCGGGCACCAUAGGAGCGGCCGCUCUGGAUGACCGCGCCACGCUGUCAUAUCCUCUGCAGACGUUGCUCAACUUCCAGUCCAAGCCGUCAACAACCCGCAGCGGACGCACGAGCACUCGAAAGCGCCCCGAAAUCGAGCCCGAGCUGCAAGGAAUCCCCGCGGCCAACGACUUCCGCCGCAAGAUUGAGUUCAUCAAGAACGUGGUCAAGGAGUGGGUCUACAACGGCGGUAUGGGCAACAGCUCCAUGAGCCGCGAGACGCGACUGCGUUGGACCGGGUAUCGCGAGCUCGUCAACACGACGAUCCCGCAGAAGCACGUUUGGGUGACCAUCGGUUCCCGCUGGGGGGACCACCGCCUGUCGACGUACGUUGACCCCCGCAAGCCGUGGGAGCUCGGCGAGGACGUGGACAGCUCUUCCAAGAAGUGA